AUGUCGAAUGGUCUUGGCCUUCCCGUUGUGCGACCAAAGAAGAAGCUCAAGGCUCUCCAUUGGGACAAGGUCGACGAGGCUUCCUCUACUCACUGGGCUGCUCACGCUCCCACUGCAGAAGAGAGGGAGGAGAAGUAUAUUGAGCUCAGCAAGAAGGGUAUCUUGGACGAGGUCGAGAAGCUUUUCAUGGCGAAGGAAGCCAAGCGGCUUGGUGGAGGCGCUGGUAAGAAGGAUGACAAGAAGCAGCUUAUUUCCAAUGAUCUGCGGAAAGCAUUCGAAAUCGCUCUAUCCAAGUUCUCCCAGUACUCUGUUGAGAAGGUUGUGCAGAUGAUCAUCCACUGUGACGCCGCCGUUCUCGACAAUCCCGUUGUCAUGGACUUCCUGCAGAAGGAUGACUUGUGCAAUAUCCCAGAGAAUACUGCCAAGGUUAUGGCUCCGUACAGCAAAGACUGGACGGGUCCAGACGCCAUGUCAGUUGCUCGUGAGCAAGAUCCGGCUGAACUUACGAGGCAAGAUCAGAUCUACUUGCAGACCGCGUUCGAGCUUCACUACUAUUGGAAGAGCAGGAUGCGAGCUCUGGCUUUGACGAGGAGCUACGAAGCUGAUUAUGACGAGAUCACCGAGAAGAUGCGCCAAGUUGUUGAUGUGUCCGAAUCCCUGAGAGACUCGGUCGCGUUGAUGAAUGUGCUUGGUUUGAUUCUCGAUAUCGGUAAUUAUAUGAACGAUGCGAACAAGCAAGCUCGUGGAUUCAAGCUCAGCUCGCUUUCUCGUCUCGCCAUGGUCAAAGACGACAAGAAUCAAUCCACGCUUGCGGAUCUCGUGGAACGCAUCGUCCGGCAGCAGUACCCCGAGUGGGACUCAUUCGUCAACGACAUACAGGGCGUCAUGACCGCACAGAAGAUCAAUAUCGAGCAGCUGCAAGCAGACUCCAGGAGGUACAUUGACAAUGUUCGGAACGUACAAAUGUCGCUCGACAGCGGCAAUUUGUCCGACCCCAAGAAAUUCCACCCACAAGACCGCGUGUCCCAGGUUGUACAGCGCUGUAUGAAGGAAGCUAGACGCAAGGCCGAGCAGAUGCAGCUGUACCUGGAGGAGAUGUCGCGAACCUACGAUGAGAUCAUGGCGUUCUAUGGCGAGGACCCGACAGACGACAACGCCAGGCGAGAUUUCUUCGCGAAGCUGGCCCUCUUCAUCUCAGAGUGGAAGAAAUCACGGGACAAGAACGUCACCUUCGAGGAGCAGAGACGCCGCAACGAGGAGUCGAUGCGUCGGAAGAACGCAGCACUUAAUAUUCGUCCCGACCGCCCCGCAGAUGGCGGACCCGUCAGCCCUAGCAGUGCCGGAGCGAUGGAUAGCCUUCUCGAGAAGCUGCGUGCAGCGGCGCCGCAGACGCGAGACCAGAGAGAACGCAGAAGGCGUGCAAGGCUCAAGGACAGGCACCAGGUACGCGUUGCCUCGGGACAGAAGAUCCCGGAGAUCAAUGAGAUUCCCGAGUUGGACACGGGUCUCCUGAGUGCCAAGAGCGUCGAUAGCCAGGUCACGGACGAGACGACAGAAACCGGUAGCGUGGGCGGCAACCUGCUUUCGCCUACCUCAGUCACCUCGCCCCAGGAAGGCGAGGACGAUGUCGCGCAGCGAGCAGCCAUGCUGUUGCAGGGCAUGAGAGAUGGUGACGAGGGCUCGACGCAGGCCUGGCGGAAGACGGCCCAGGACGAGAGGACCUCGAGGAGGCGGAGGAGGGAGAAGACGAGCAGCUCGCAGCCGCCACCGAAGCAGGCGAACGGGACAGCGGAGGGCGAGGGCGAGGGCAAUGCGGCAGAGGGCGAGUCGGCCCAGGGGGACAACGACGAGGCUGGAAGCACAGCACACAGUGACGAGCCCGCAGCUGCGGCCGAGGAAGAGGGAGACGUGCCGACGCCGAAACCAGAGGCCGAGGUGCCGGCGUGA